CCUAUCACGGUUCGUGGCGAUCACGCCGAACAGAGUCGUUGCGACACGAAGCGUAAAAUGUUGUCACUCCUGGCAGCUCCACACAGCCUAUGGCUGCAAUAUUUGCUUUUUUAUUACCUGUUAAGGUCGACCUUUGGAGAAUUUUCGGAGGUUUCAAUGGAAGAUUGCCUUGAAAUUCGCGCCGAUACAGUGGACCUUACCGGUUGCAAUCUCACCCAUAUGGAUCGACAUUAUUUUGAGGAUCAUCGCUAUUUAACGACGCUGGACAUGAGUAACAAUCAUCACUAUCGGUUCCCCUCAGAUGGAUCGCCAUUUUUGUACCACUCGACGCUAUUGCACUACUACUGUGAGUCCUGUGGCAUAACAGCCAUUUAUAAAUUAACAUUCUCCGAACUGAGACAACUGAGGAUACUGAGUCUUCGCGGAAACCUUAUCGAACAAGUUUCCGCCAACGCAUUUAACUACAAUUGGAUAGAGUACUUGAAUCUCGCGGAAAACAAAAUUGUUAGAUUUAAUCACGAACACGAGCUGGAAACGAUGCAACAUUUGCGGAAGCUGAAUGUUAGCGGAAACAAUGGAUUUGAGCUGAACAAGCUGUCCAUGGAUUUUAAUGAGUUGACAUGGGUGGCUUGCAGCAGAUGUGGAUUGGAAUAUCUCAGUGGGGAAUGGUUUAGUCAAGUGAAGAAGCUGAAGAAAUUGAAUCUGGAGGAUAAUUUAAUUAGUGGAAUACACGAGAAAUGCUUUUCUGAAAACAGAAAAUUAAAAAGUGUCGUACUAAGUGGAAAUCCGUUAGAGAGGUUAGACUUUGAAAAUAGUCACUUGGAGAGCCUUUAUUGCAGACAAUGUGAAUUAAAAGUUCUCGACGAAAAGAGCUUCGAGCACAUGCCAAAUUUGAAAGUUCUGGAUUUGAGUUACAAUGAAAUCGAACGCGUGGAAGGUAAUACAUUUGAAAUGAAUACCGUUUUGCAUACGAUCACUUUAGAUCACAAUAAUUUGAUGGAAUUUCCGAUACAGUUGCUGAGAAGGUUACGGUCAUUUGAGGCUAUAUGUGUCGAUUUCAAUCGCUUUCAUCCAACGAAACAGCUAAAUAAGAUUAUAAAUGUUUACAAUGCUUUAGAUCUACGUCAGAACUGUGCUGCUGGUGAUAAUCUUUUGAAUCACUUUGAACACUUUCUACCGGAAAGCGUCCAUGAAGGAGAAGUACUUUAUCCAGUCGAUCUCCCUCCUUGCAAUAAUGUUGUUAAUCUUACAAAUCGUAACGUUGUGUGGAUUCACCCUAUGGGCUAUGUUAAUUGCUCUUUCUUAAUAAAUCUUGACAUGAACUUCAAUAGAAAUUAUGCUUUUCCAAAACACAAACCUUUCUUAUACAGUGAUUCUUUAGAGUCAUAUUCCUGCAUUCACUGUUCAAUCAACGUUCUUUAUCCGGAAACCUUUGACAAAACGCCAGAACUAAAAAUCAUGGUCUUGCGGGGUAAUCAAAUUAAGAAAAUUACAUCACUGGACAUAUUGACCACAGUUCGGAACUUACAAAGCAUCGAUUUGGCAAACAACCAUUUGGAACUACUUCCUUCGGAGCUGUUUAUGUACCAUAGGUCUCUCACCACAAUGGUCGAUGUUAGCCACAAUCAACAUCUAUGGCAUAAAUUCAACUUGCCCAUUUUGGAUCAGUGUUGGGUAACCGUUCUAAUGGCUUCUCACUGUGGGAUCCAUCGGAUCACAUCGAUUACCUUGAGUCUUAUGCCUUCAUUGCAUGAACUAGACUUUUCCAAUAAUCCUAUUACGUCGAUCGCACCAAACGCCUUCGAAAAUAACCCGAAGCUCUUGAAAUUGAUGCUAGAUAAGACGCAUUUGCGAGUGCUACCAGCGGAGGCGAUCGAAAGUAUCAGUCUGUUGAAACUUUUGUGUAUGAAUUCUAUGCCUCAGUACGAUUUGCAUGAUGACAAAUUCAAGGUAAAUAAUGCUCGCUUGGGGGUUUUGAUCAGAGACAGGAAAUUGUGCUGUUCAGGAGGGGAGAACUUCAUGGAAGCCCUUUUGGCAAACUAUGCAACUUUGGCAAAAUAUAAUGAUGCGCUAACAGACGGGGCGUGUAGUUGUGGAAUUUCAGAAAAAUAUCAGUUUAUAACUAAAUUUCUUCGAAUAUGGAAGAAGGUUAUCUCACCGUUUCACUUUUAUUAUGGUCGAAUUAAGGAAUGUCGUCUUUGGGGUUUUGAAUUUUAUCAUUGCACACUGGACUAGGAACAAAAUUUAGCCAGACAAAACCUCUAGCGCCUUAGGAGUGUAUUUUUUCGGGUUUGUGUCUCCGGA